GUGCGGCUUUAAUUCCCCAGGGUAUGUUUACUUUGGUGGGAAUAAAGAAAACUUCCUUUGAAGUAAGGACACUGUGACUCAUACCAAACCAGACAUUUGUGGGGAGGUUUUGACACAAGGAACAUCUUGUCUGAGCUUGUGUGGGUCAAAUGAAGAGAGGUGAUCACUUUUUGGAGAGAAUUGAUCCCUUGAGUUUGAAAGACAAGAGUUGUGAAAGAAAGUUUGUUCAGUCUUACACACGAGUGACCAACAUGGCAGAAGUUAGUGUGGAGAACAGUGCAGUAGUGUUACCCAAGGUGGAGCUAGACUCCUCUUUAACUGGAGAUGACAUCCUAGCCUUGGCCACAGCCUGCUAUGAAAGAGAAGGCUCAUGCGAAACAUCGGAGAGCAUGUCUACUGUUCCAAGUCCUAGUUUAGGUACCCAGUACUCUGCCAACUUCUCUGUCAUGGACCUCAAGAACAUCUGGGGAGGGGGAGGAGAACAGACCUCCACUGCUGGCCCCAUGUUCUUUGGACUUGUUCCUGGUGCAUCCUGCUCUAAUGAUCUACCAUCUGAGAAUCAAGCUGAAAGUGCCAAUGUUGCUGGAGAGUGGCCCUCUUCCAUCCCUCAGAGCAUCUCCCCCAUUCCCCAUCAGGGGACUGUGGUCAAUACCUCACCCCCCUCUACCAGUCCCCAGGGUCCCGUCCCCACCCGCACGGGUUCCAAACAGCAGGAUUCCCCCACGGGGAUCGUCCAACAGACAAACUACAGCUUCAACAUCGCAACAUCCAACCUCAACAUCACCAACAUGCAGUCACAGCAGGUCUCUUCCUGUAGCAAGCUCUCCCCCAAUGCAUCUGCCUUCAACACUGCAGUAGCGCCACCUAGCUACAGUAUGGCUAAGUGCGGCAGCCAGCCUCCUAUGGUUAAGAGCCAGAGUGGAGGGGGAUGGCAACAGCAGAAGCAACACGGCCCACCUCCCUACUCCAGGUCCCGUCCUACCAUGGUCAGCCACCAGGGGGCGCAGUACCAGCUUGAACCGAACGUUCGCAACUUCCCAGGCAAUGGCGGCGGCCAUCAGCAGUUCAACGUGAACCUGAGCGGCUAUGGACGAUCUCAGAAUCCACAGCAGCCGUCCGGACGCCAAAACACCUCACCUUACCUCCACCCGAAUGGCGACGGCGGAAUGUACUCCAAGACGAUUCGUCCGCCAAAACGGGUGUCUCCGAACAGUCGUCCCUACUACCCCCUUCAGCCCCAGUACAACAACAAUAACAUGGGUCAGCAGAGUACCAUUCACUACGGCAACAACGCCCCGCCCAGCCACUCCAACUACCCUCCCAAUGUCUUCCCCUUCUCCCAGGGGUUUCACAAUGGCUCUGGUCCCCCCAACAGUUUUCCCUCGACAUCACAGCCCCCCUUCAAGAGGCUGAGGGGUGGGGAGGUGCCCUACCUGCGAGUGAACACCAACACCCCUAACUCCAGUCCCUCCAGUAACCCGAACACCCCACCGUACAGAUCUGCCCCGGGCUCAAACACGGUCUCACCGGUCAUGGCGACUAAGGAAGCCCCUGCUCCCGCGUGCAUGUCGCUCAAGAUCGUGGAAAAGAUCGUCGUCGAGGGAUCGUACGCGUUCAAGUCUCACGCCAUCUUCCCCUUGCUGCGAGACAUUUUCAUAACGUGGAGGGACUGCGACAAGAUGGUGGUGCCGACGGCGUUACUUUCCGCGUUGCCGCAAGACUUUGACACGCUUCUGCAGAACUACCUGAAGACCAACCCUCCCCCCGCUGUGACUGUGACCGACGCUGCCGACCUAACUCCUGCGGUGGAAAGGGUCAUCCACGAUGCAGCUAGGUGUGCCCACCAAGCAUUGCUCCAGAAGCUGACCAGACGCCCCCCCUCUGCGGCUGUCAGCCCCAUGACCCAGCAAGCCGCCCCCCUCCCCACCACCAGGGGUCACCAGGGACCACCUGCCAGACAGGAGGAGGUGUACACCGCCAUCCAGGAGUUCUGUGACAGGUUUGAGAAGGCUACCAAGGAACAGCAGUUAAGUCCAGUGACCUCAGGAAUACAGGAGAUGACGCCAUCACCAAUCACUCUGGUCAACAGCCCAGCUGAGAUCGGAGACAACAUAGGUGUUCCUGAGACAGAAAGCUGCACCAAUGGGGGAGGGGGUCAGUAAGAAUGAUGAUGACAACAAAUGCUUUUGGCCAAGUUCACAACAACAAAUGAAUGACUUAUAAAGGGACAAUAUCUACAUUUUAGAAGGCUUCAUCAUAUUUUACCCCAGCCUUGUCUUCCUAUACUUGAUUGUGUCUAGAUGCAGACUAUCAGGUAUUAGGGUUACUGCUAGCUGACUCUUAAAAUGAAAAGUAUGCAGUGUUUUUAAACAGCAAAAAAUAGUGGUAUUAAGUUAUGCUAAAUAUCAUGUUGCAUAGAUAUAUUAACUUAUAUAAAUAUGUGCCCAGUAGUAAAGGAUAAGUCGAGCAGAGAAGAUUUCUAUCUGGUGAUAUUAUGAAUAUGUUGUUGAUGAAAUUAUAGUCAUUUAAAAGUCAAAAUCUUAGAGAAUUGUAGGGCUUUGUAGCUAUUAAUGUGAUAUAAAUGUAAAUCAAAUGAAGUAUUUUUGCAUUCAAAUGGAUGAAAAUUUAUAAAAUGUCUAUGUGAAUAACAAUAUGAUGCAAUUAAAAAGAUCGUGAGAGAAUUAUGUAAUUUAGGGAUAAAGGUAUUGAAAUUUAUAUAUAUUUAGAUACUUCCAAUCAGUGUUAGGGACUUAUAUGAUUAUUGAUAGAGUUUAUGUUGCUUUUUUGUUUGUUGCAAAUGUGAUUGAUUGCCAUUGUUAUUGUCAUUUCCUGUGUCUCCAGUAUUUAUGUGAUGAUAUGUAAUAAAGUUUGAGACAAACCCAUUAAAAAUUUCAAAAUACA